AAGCGAAGCGUGACGUUCACGGACUGGCCAGAGUACGUCUCAUAGCGCAAAUAAAAGCUGUUAAUCUCCCUAAGAAACGCGCAGCAUGCAUUCACUGAAAGCCUUCCUCAACGAGAGGCUGACAGCGGCGGCGGAGGAGAUCUUUGGAGCUGUUGAAAAGACAAUAGCCGACUACAAAGAGGAGAUUUCUCGUUCAAAAGAUUUAGAAAUCAGUCGCCUCAGGAUGCAGCUGAAGCUUCUCAAGUCAGAGCCCCGGUUGGAUAGAUGCCUUGGAGCCCAGCUGCAGCAGCACACCCAUCACCACCACCAUCUCCAUCCUCCUCCUCCUCCUCCUCCCCCUCAGCAGCAGCAGCAGCUCCAUCAGUCAAUCCCUGCAGUGGAGGCUCCUGAGUCCCAGCACUGUGAGGAGGAUGGGGGCAGCAGCAUGGAGCAGGAGCACCCAGAGCCCUCACAGGUGAAGAAGGAGCAGCAGAGGAGCCACAGGGACUUCUGGAUGGGUCACGAUGCAGAGCAGCUCGAGAGCCUCGAAUCAGACAUCAAAGACUUCAUCUCGUCUCCUUCCAGUCUGAGAGGCGGCCUGCAGGACCCCACCUUACCCUUCCACCCAAACCACCACAACGCCAACAACAACAACAACAACGAGGAGAGCAAAGAGAAACCCUACUGCUGCUCCGUUUGUGAAAAGCGGUUCAGCAACUGCUCCCACCUCGCCGCUCACAUCAGGACACACACAGGGGAAAGACCUUACAGAUGUGAGAUAUGCAGAAAGACUUUUAUCACAACCAGCGCUCUGAACAGACACCAGACGAUCCAUACAGAAGGGAAACACUUUGUGUGUAAUUACUGUGGGAAAUCCUUCAAAUGGAUGGAGUCUCUUGGCCGGCACAUGAGGAGUGUGCACAAGAGAGAGAAUCUGCCUGUAUGACUGUCACUGAACUGACACUGCCAAUAGAUUCAUGUUGUCGCUGUAUGUUAGUCCUUUAUAAUUUAAGUGUAAAGCAUCCAGUAGGUGCAAACACUAAAUGUAAUGUCUGUUUUAUAUUGGCUGCAGUAAGUUAUGUGUAAAAAUACAACCACAGAGACACCUUUUAAUAAAGAAAUGAAGGUAAAUGUAGUCUUACUGAAUAAAAUUAUAAUAUUCUAGA